AGCCACUUCACCUACACGCUACACCUAUUAAAUUCUUCACCCCCAUCUCUCCAUUCCUACAUUGUAAUUGACAAUAAAAAUCUUGCCUCUCUAUAGGCUUUUUAGCCUAAACUACCUCUCUCUCUCUCUCUCUCUCUCUCCAAUGGCUGCUCAGUUUUUGUUGCUCCUCAGACGCCUAUACCUCACUCUUUACAAUUGGACCGUCCUCUUCGGAUGGCUUAAAGUCUUGUUCCUUGCUGUCCAGACACUCAGGGAGUCCGGCCAUGAACACGUUUACGAUGCCGUCCAACGAACGCUUCAGCUCGCUCAAACCGCCGCCCUCUUGGAGAUUAUUCAUGGUCUAGUGGGCCUGGUGAGAUCUCCGAUAUCAGCAACACUGCCACAGAUUGGUUCCAGGUUGUAUUUGACGUGGGGUAUCUUGUGGAGUUUCCCUCAGACUCAGAGUCACGUACUUGUGACCUCCCUGGUGAUCAGCUGGUCCAUCACCGAGAUUAUUCGGUAUUCUUUCUUUGGGAUGAAGGAGGCGCUUGGUUUUGCACCUUCAUGGCUCUUGUGGCUCAGGUAUAGCACCUUUUUGUUGUUGUAUCCGACUGGUAUUGCUAGUGAAGUUGGUCUAAUAUAUGUUGCCCUGCCUUACAUCAAGGCAUCUGAAAAGUACUGUAUAAGGAUGCCAAACCAGUGGAACUUCGCUUUUGAUUACUUCUAUGGCACAAUUGUUGCCCUCGGAAUUUAUGUGCCAGGCAGUCCUCACAUGUACAGCUAUAUGCUUGCGCAGAGAAAGAGAGCUCUCUCAAAAUCCAAAAGGGAGUAGAAUGGCAGCAAAGUUUUUUAACUUUAUUCUUAUUGUUUGUGUAAAUUUUUUUGUAGAAAGGUGGUAAGGCUAUCAUUAUUCAAUUUAAAUAUCAAGACACAUUAGUACAGCUUAGUGACAAUAAAUAUCGUUAUUCAAUUUAAAAAGAGUAGAAAUAUCACUAAGCUGUACUAAGAGUAGUAAUGCGGUGGUAAAAGGGUUGUAAGUUUAUAAUUACCCAUUUAAAUUUCAUGACACAUUAGUACAGCUUAGUGACAA